UGGGCUGAGGGGAACACUGAGCAGCUUCAGUAGUCCAGUCUGAGGAGCUCAUCCACAUCAAACAGGAAAAAUGGGUUGAUUGUAGCUCCCUCUGCUGGUAAUGAUGGCGAUUUCUGAACUGAAUGUUUGUAGGUUAUGCAGACAUUAUGGAUGUUGAAACUUCUGGUGCAUCUGCUCAAACGGCUCGGCAGGACAACUUGCACUAUGCAGGUGUGGAGGCAUCGCACACUAUGGCAAAGACUGAUCUGGAAAGAGUGAGAAGAUACAAGUCUAUCAUCAACAGUGUGGCAGGAAGAAGAGGAAUCGAUCCGGCUCUCAUCGCAGGGAUCAUGUCCAGAGAGUCCAGGGCUGGGAAUGCACUGGACAGUCAGGGCUGGGGAGACCAUGGAAAUGGCUUUGGACUGAUGCAGGUUGAUGUGAAUCCAAGGGGAGGUGGUCACACUGCACGUGGAGCCUGGAACAGUGAAGAGCAUGUGGACCAAGCCACUGGGAUCCUGGUGGAUUUUAUUGGGAAGAUAAGCAGAAAAUUUCCUAAUUGGAGCAAGGAGCAGAAACUGAAAGGGGGGAUAGCAGCCUACAACAUGGGGGAUGGAAAUGUGCAUGACUAUCAUAAUGUGGACGCCCGCACAACAGGUAGAGACUACUCCAAUGAUGUUGUUGCCAGGGCUCAGUGGUACAAAAAGAAUGGCGGCUUUUAACAACUGAGCCAAAACAUCACUUACACCUGAUGAUGGAAAAGGUCUUUUAUGUGUUUGGUUCAAUAAUACUAAUAAAACCACAAAAGGAUGUCUUUGUUCAUAUUAACCCAUAAAGACCUAGUGCUACUUUUGUGUCAGUUCCCAAGGGAAAGUUUUUUCUAUAUUUAACCUUUCUUGACUGAUUUAUCACCAUUUAUUAUAAUAUUAUCCUCUACG